AUGCUUCAGGGUGUGCUGAGGCGUGGAUUUCGCUUCAGUGCAAAGCGCAAGACGAACAAGGGUCCAACCGUUGGCAAAACCGAUGAAGCCACUGGCCUCACCGCCAGGCUCAAGAAGCUCACCAGGGAGUAUGGCUGGGUGACCGUUGGCGUUUACCUUGGGCUGUCUGUUCUGGACUUUCCUUUCUGCUUCCUAUUCGUCAGGAUGGUAGGGGCUGAGAAGAUCGGUGAGGUCGAGCAUCGUGUGAUGUCGACCGUCAAGCAGAUGAUUCCCGAUUCUCUUCGGGAGGCCUGGCACACUUACUGGCAGUCUUUCCGGAAGGCUGAGGCCAGGGCACUUGGCGAUGAUGACAUCAGUGACAAGAUGGAGAUGGCCACCUGGGGUGUUGAGAAGGCCCAAGAACGGAAUCGCGUCGAUGCUACAACCCAGCUGGCGCUCGCGUACGCCAUCCACAAGAGCUUCAUCUUUAUUCGAGUACCAUUAACAGCCGCCGUAACGCCCAAGGCUGUUAAGGUGCUCCGAUCAUGGGGCUGGAAUAUCGGAAAGAAGAAGGCGUAG